AUGCAAGCCUGCGUGGCAGCCAGAUCGUCCGCCUCGAGCAGGUGCGUCUGCGGCUUGAACGCGCGCGUCGCGAGGAUGAAGUGCUCCGGCACGACGGCGAACUUGUUCAGCACGAGGACGUGCGCCGGCUCUAGGUCUGCUAUGCGUAGCGGCGCGGGUGGGUCGUCGAACGGGUCGAACGGUUUGGACGACGGUUCGCGCGGCGGGCCCUUGGGCUUAUUGGCUAGGGACGGGGAGAAGCGCAGUUGGAACUGGACUCACCUUGUGGUUAGUUGA